AUGACUGCUCCGGGGAAUAUGCACAAUUUGACCACACUCAUAAAAAGAUUGGAAGCUGCUACCUCGCGACUUGAGGACAUUGCGAGCUCCGUAGAUGGGUCUCAAGCCCCUCCCAAUGGCCUUGGAGCAGCUGGUGCCGCCUCCCCAAGCCCUUCAGCAAGCGCCAUCGAACAACCUGCUCCACCCCCCGAGCCGCUACCCAAGUCGAUUGAAGCUUUCGAUAAGAUCAUUGAGGAUGAAGUGGGUGCCUUUGUCGCCUGCAGCCAGAAAAUAGGUGGCCUGGUAGAAGAUCAGGCACACGCUGUCAAAGAAGCAUUUGAGGCGGAACGCACCUAUCUCCUGGUAGCAACAAAAGCCAAGAAGCCAGAUCCACAGCCGCCCGAGUUGAUGACGGAGCUGCACCGCCAUACUUCGUCUGUGGAUGAGAUUCGAGAAGCCAACCGACCAUCGCCGUUGUUUGUGCACCUCAGCGCAGUCUCCGAAGGAAUCGUCGCUCUAGGCUGGAUCGUGGAGAAAAGGCCAGCGGACUUCGUGACGGAAACACUAGGUGGUGCUCAAUACUACGGCAAUAAGAUCUUGAAGGAAUACAAGGAAAAGGACAAGACACACGUGGAAUAUAUUCAAGCUUACUACAAGGUCUUCCGCUCCUUAGCUGCUUACGUUAAAGAACAUUUCGUAACCGGCCUGACAUGGAACAACACCGACGGCAUGGAUGCUCUAGAGGCAUUGAAGCAAGUCCAAUCAGGCGCACCUUCAAAAGCUGCUAACCCUUCUGGCGGGCCUCCUCCUCCACCUCCUCCACCGCCUUUACCAAAAUUUGAAAACGACGGGCCUCCCCCACCUCCGCCACCGCCACCUUCAGGGGGCGCCCAAGGCGGUGACAUGACAGCCGUUUUCGAUCAGCUCAAUCAGGGUUCUGCAGUCACUGCUGGCUUGCGCAAGGUCGACAAGUCUCAAAUGACGCACAAAAACCCGUCUCUUCGAGCAAAGUCAUCCGUCCCAGAGCGAUCCGAUUCACAAACAUCAAUCGCUUCAGCAGGACGAGGCAAGUCGCCUAUACCGAAGAAGCCUGAUAGCCUGAGGUCUAAGAAGCCUGGCCGAAAGGAACUCGACGGGAGCAAAUGGAUUGUUGAGAACUUUGACAAUACCCAGUCAGAAGUGAUUGAGAUCCCUGCAGAGCUGAACCACAGUAUUUUGAUUUCCAAAUGCAACAAGGCCAUUUUGAAGGUUUCGGGCAAGGCCAACGCAAUCUCCAUCGACAAUUGCACCGGCUUAUCGAUCGUGGUAGAAUCCCUUGUUUCGAGCAUAGACGUCAUCAAAGCCUCGAAAUUCCAAGUCCAGGUCGAUGGUGUUGUACCUACGAUUCUUCUUGAUCAAGUGGACGGUGCACAAAUCUACCUUUCAAGCGCAAGCUUAGCCACCGAGAUCUUCACAAGCAAAUGCAGUGCCCUCAAUGUCGUCCUUCCACCGAAGGACGACUCGGACGACGACAGCAAGGAAAUGCCAAUCCCAGAGCAAAUAAGAAGCGUGAUUAAGAACGGCUGUCUCGUGAGUGAGAUAGUUGAACAUGCGGGGUGA